CCGGUCGUUGUUUUCGCCAAGAGGACUAUCUGGUUUUUGCUGUUUAUAAUCGUUUCCUGUUCGUUUUUUUUUGCAGAUCGUCUUCUUCUUCUCCUGCUCUAAGAUCAAAAUGACGACUCAUACCUCCUAUAAGCUGGCUUACCUGUUGGAGCACUCCCAUUUUGCGUUUUGCGAUGACAGCAAGAGAGUGGCUGAGGUUGUGCUCGGUGGGAGGAGUAAGAAGGUCCUGGCUCGCUCACUGAUUUACGAUUCCGCCUUUCUUGAGUUACAUCUGGUGUGGGUUGGGCACGAGGCUUGCAAUUUCGAAAUCAGCAACUAGGUGAUCGAGGACCUCUACGAAGAGCUGUGGUUUGGUGUCCAGUGCGCUGCCAUCGUGGGGGUUUUCGAGUAGUUUGCAUCAGGGAGGAAUAUUUCAUGUUUGAAUCUAUCAUAUAUUAACUAAUAAUGUGAGUUGAAUUUCAUAUUAGGCACCAAGUAGUACAAUUUGUCACUAUUGUUCAUGGAUUUGCUUUAAGAACUUGAAUAGUUUACUAUGAUAUGGUUUUACACUACGGGAAUUGCUAAAUUCUAUAUACUUGUUUGAUGUAUGAUAUGGUUUUACUUACACUACGGGAAUUGUUAAACGUCGCCAUUACUUUAUUUAAAUCGUCCUAAAUUUAAAAUUAGAAAUACAUCUUUAUCCUUUUAUUUUUUUAUUGUUAGAAUAUAUUUUAUUCUAAACG